GGCGGGGCUAUCAUAUAGCGCAGAAGACUCGCGUGCGACUUCUAUAUGGAUUACGUCAGAUAUGACAGUGUAGACAGUGUAUAAGAUAUUAUAAUGGAUAUAUUUCCCCCUCAGUGUUUAGAUUAAAUUGCUCAAUGACACGAUCCUAUUGAUAUUAACAGUGUCGGAAGGAUCAAUCUACGCGAGAUAUAAAUUUAACACAGUUUAUUAAAUACAAAUCAGAUAGUUUAAAAUGGACGAUUUCUUCAAAAACGUAACAGAUUGUCCGACAUCAACAACACUAACAGAUUUUGACGACAAUGGUGACCCAGGUACACCAUUAAAGGCACCAGCAACUUUGGGUAGUCCUUUCAGUAACAAUGAUUUUAUGGCCAAUAUUGGCGAUUUACGGCUUUACCAGGCAGCCAUUAAGGCAAAUAAAGAGAAAUGUAUUACUCCCCUGGUAAAGGAAGAACUAAGAAUAUUUAUUGAACAUAAAAGAUGUGGUGAAGGAAAAGAUAUGCUCCAUGUUGAUUUUAAUAAACCGAAACAUCAUCAACUUACACCCGACGAAAUAACAAAGAGAGAAAGACGAAAAGAACAGAACAGAAGAGCGGCAUUAAGAUGUAGAAUGAAGAAAAAAGAUGCUAAAAAGAAAAAUGAGGAGGAAUUUACGAGGUUACGUCGUGAAAAUAAAGAUUUAGAUGGCGAGGUACAGAAAAUUUCACAGGACAUUCUUGACCUAAAAAGAGUUUUAAAGUGUCAUAUAUCAUCAGGAGAUUGUCAUAUUAGUGGAAUAACUGAGGACAUACGGACAGAUGACUGUCAAUUCCCUACUAGUAUUUCUGAAAGGCAAUUAGAGCGGCCAGAUCCAUGUACCACUGUGAACAAUGCACUGCACGAUGAUGAAAACCAUUUCUUCGAUUUAGAAUUUCUACCAGACGAUUUUUUACAAUGAGUUUUAAUAUUGGGUUCUUUGUUGUUUUUUUUUUGUUUUUUUUUUUGACAAUAAUAUUAAGAGCACAAGACAGAUUGUUCACAUUACAUCUAAACAGUAAAAACUGUGUUGUUAUUAUAUAAUUGAAUGCAUCCGGUAAAAAUGUAUUGGCUUAUUAUUACUUUAAUUGUCUAGGACUUAUAAUAAUGGCGAUGUGAAAUCAAUUGAAUCCAUCAGCUACUAUUGAUCAAAUUUUAAUAAUUUUCAGUAAUUGUUUUAAUUAAAAGUACAUUA